GGAAUUCGAGCCUACUCCCUCACCCCGCAAUUUAGCGCUGCCCCGGGUUAACCCGAAGGUAACUCGAAGCCCCGGGUGCCUAUCCCGGAGCACACAUCGGACCCGCGGGCAAUUGAGACCCCGGAGAGGGCGGGGAAGCCAGGGCUGGAGCCGGGGCUCGACUGGAGCCGCCUGCAGGGCUUCCUGGCCUGGGAAUGGUGCCUAGCUAAAUAUGCUUGCCCAGGAGCUGCCGCUGGCAAAGAUGGGAGAGCGGGGGUCAGUGAAGAGAUACAAGAAAGGCCAGGAAGAAACUUCCCCGAAGUUUGAACCAGAUUUUUCCUGGCCUAGGGUGUGGCUUCCCCCGGAACUCAUCCCCUUCAGUCACUAAGAUGCUUUGAGUUUCCGGUCUCUAAAUGGGUGCAGAAUACACCACCCACUCCCACCACCCCUACCUCCGCCUCCUGCAAAUCCCGUGGAGGUCAGAAGGCAACUUGCACAAGUCUGGUCUCCUUCAGUAAGCGGAUCCCGGGGAUAGAACUCAUAUUGUCAAGUUUGGCGGCAAGCGCCUUCGGCUCUGCCUUUCAUGGAUGUGAAAUCGGAGCGCACACAUAGCUACUUAGCUUCUCUAAGAAUAAGGAAUAGGCACAAAGAAAAGACGAUGCUCGAACCUCCGUUGCGAUAUAUCCUGCAUUUUCUUCCUCCCACUACUGUGUCAGAUACCGGCUGCUCUAGGAACCGAAAACUUUGCUCUGUAUUUCUGCGGGACACUCUUGCGCUGCACACACACACGCCCCACUUCGUUUCCCUUGGAUUAGCCAAUAGGAAUCAAAGUCUAUGACUAGAGGGCGGGACCUCCUAUAGGCGAUCUAAUGGUAGUUGAGAGUCGUACCGCUGGUCACGCCGCAAAGGGGCAGGACUUUCUUCCAGAACUUGAAACCGUGCAGAAGUGUCGACCUAGGUGCUUGCAAAUUUGAAAUCCAUGUGGCGUGGGCUAAGCGCCCUGGUGACCCGGGCGGCAAGUGCGCCCCUCAGGCUGUGCGCACGCUGCAGCACCGGUGCAGAGUCCUUGGUCCCCGGGAGCACCAUCUUUGCGCUCAGCUCCGGCCAGGGACGCUGCGCCAUCGCAGUGAUCCGCACCAGCGGCCCAGCCAGUGGGCUCGCGCUCCGCAGCCUCACGGCUCUCCGGGAGCCGCCUCCGGCCCGCAGCGCCUGCUUGCGCCUUCUCCGCCACCCUUGCUCCGGGGAGCCACUGGACCGCUCACUCGUCCUCUGGUUUCCAGGCCCCCAGAGUUUCACGGGUGAGGAUUGCAUGGAGUUGCACGUACACGGAGGUCCUGCGGUGGUCAGCGGUGUCCUGCAGGCAUUGGGUAGUGUGCCAGGACUUCGCCCAGCCAAGGCCGGGGAGUUCACCAGGAGGGCCUUUGCCCGUGGCAAACUGAGCCUGACUGAAGUGGAGGGACUUGCGGAUCUGAUCCAUGCAGAAACAGAGGCCCAGCGUCGACAGGCCCUGAGGCAGCUGGAUGGGGAACUGAGCCAGCUGUGCCAGGGCUGGGCGAAGACCCUCACCAAGGCUCUGGCCCAUGUGGAGGCCUACAUUGACUUCGGAGAGGAUGAUAAUUUGGAAGAGGGUGUGUUGGAGCAGGUGGACAGAGAUGUGCGGGCCCUGGAGGUGGCACUGAGUUCCCACCUGCGAGAUGCCAGACGUGGACAGAGGCUCCGCUCAGGGGCAAACGUUGUGGUCGCCGGACCGCCCAAUGCGGGCAAGAGCAGUCUGGUGAAUCUGCUCAGCCAGAAGCCAGUGUCCAUCGUGUCCCCAGAGCCCGGGACCACCCGUGACAUCUUGGAGACUCCCGUGGACCUGGCUGGGUUUCCUGUCUUGUUGAGCGACACCGCGGGGCUUCGGGAAGGUGCGGGUGCUGUUGAGCAGGAGGGAGUGCGCAGGGCCCGCCAGAGGCUGGAGCAAGCUGACAUCAUCCUGGGGAUGCUGGACGCCUCUGACCUGGCUUCCUCCUCCAGCUGCAGCUUCCUGGACACUGUGGUGGCCCCACUGGUAGCGCAAAGCCAUGACAGUGGCAGGCAGCGCCUCCUUCUGCUGCUCAACAAAUCUGAUCUGCUGUCUGCUAAUGCCCCAGCCAGCAGCACAGCCCUGCCUCCUCACCUGCUUCUGUCCUGCCACACUGGAGCUGGGAUGGACGCCCUCCUGCAGGCCCUGAAGACUGAACUGGCUGCAGUGUGUGGGGACCCAUCCACAGGACCGCCGCUCUUGACCCGGGCUAGGCACCAGUACCACCUCCAGGGCUGCCUGGAUGCCCUGGGCCGCUUCCAGCUGACCACAGACCUGGCUCUGGCCGCCGAGGCCCUGCGCCAGGCUCGGAGACAACUAAGCCACCUCACAGGUGGAGGGGGAACCGAGGAGAUCCUGGACCUCAUCUUCCAGGACUUCUGUGUGGGCAAGUGAGGUCAGAGUUCCCACAAGCUCAUGAUCCAAGAUGGCAGACCCGGCAGAGAGCAGGAGAGCACUGGAGGUCUGCAGCCCUCCGCAGUGAGGAGAAAGACGGGUCAGGAAUCUGAGGACGGAUAAUUCCUCACCCCGGAUGGUGGGAUUAAGGCCCACAUCACCUCACCAAGUGUCUCAAGUGUCUCUAUGAUAUAGUGGUAGAGGUGAAACCCAUGAGUGUUAGAUGCUGAGCCACACCCUCUGUCCGUCACUGGUAGAUUCUGGGCAGAGGCUCCACCCCUGAGCCACACCCUCUGUCCAUCACUGGUAGAUUCUGGGCAAAGGCUCCACCCCCUGAGCCACACCCUCUGCCCAUCACUGGGAGAUUCUGGGCAGAGGCUCCACCCCUGAGCCACACCCUCUGCCCAUCACUGGGAGAUUCUGGGCAAAGGCUCCACCCCCGAGCCACACCCUCUGCCCAUCACUGGGAGAUUCUGGGCAAAGGCUCCAUCCCCUGAGCCACACCCUCUGCCCAUCACUGGGAGAUUCUGGGCAGAGGCUCCACCCCUGAGCCACACCCCCUAGCUUCGUUGUUUUU